ACAAAUCUUUUGAUAAAAUUGUUUUUAUGAUGGCAUCUUCGAAUACACCAGGUUACAAAUAUUUAAAGUUUUUUAAAUCUGAACACCAUACUGAAAUUGCUGGUUUGUUAAAAGAAAGACCAGUUCUGAAAGAUGUUAUUACUCUUGUUUUUCAAAAUUCUGACCGUGAGCAAGAAAUUUUAACUAAAAAUAAAGUUAAAGCAGUUCGGUUUGAUGACUCUCAGAUGUUUGAUUUUGAAAAUGAAAGAGAUGUUGAAGAUA